CGUUACCGAGUGCGAAGUACGGGUAAAAUAUUUCAAAUGCCAAAUAAUAAACAAGCCGUGAGGUUGUCCUUGUAAUUUUUGUUUUUAUUCAAUUGAUAUCGUGUAAAUGUUAUUGAAAAUCAUAUACUGAAGUUACAAGAAAAACACUGGACUUUGAAGUUGAUAAUUAAAAUUCUUCAAGUACGUAAGCGGAAUGUGAAGUCACAUUUGGAGUCUCAUAAAGUAUAGUUUAUAGGACCGGAACACUUUAGCGUCGCACAUAACCAGUGGUUUGGCUGACCAGAAAAAUGUAAUUGAAAUGCUAAAAGGAAGUUUACACUACUAUAACAAGCAAUUGUCAUGGAUAAUCUUGAUGACUCGGAGAAAAAUGCGAAGAUAUCGGAUUCUGCCUAUUCUAACAGCUGUAGUAACAGUCAUUCGAGGAGGAGCCUUAGCUCCAAGUCGACGCGCUCUGGCAGCAAUUCAAGUGGGAGCGGGAGCAGUGGAUAUUGCGGCAAGCCGCUGGCAUACAGUGAUAACAGCGGGCAGCCGGCAGAGAAACGGAUAAAAGAGAAAGAUGGAAAGAAAAAGAAGCAAAUUCACGUGGAGCAAAUAACCGAGGACCCAGCAGAGUCCGAGGAGAGGCCCCAUGAUGAGCCGUCCGUGGCUGAGGAGGUCAGCGAUGAAACCUGCAAUGUUGCUCGCACGACUCCGCCUCCGCAGGACGAGGUGGAAAAGGGGUCAGAGCUUAUGGAUAUAUCUCCUGACAGAAGCAGUAUUAAGGAUGAGGUGAGAUCAUUGCAAAGAGAUGGGAGUUCCGGUAACACCGCGCAUUAUACUUCUACGAAUUUCGCCACUUCUAGAACCGCUAUCCCUUGCGCUGCUGAUGGAUUUUCCUGUGUAAUCUCCAUGGAAGAUGGUGUGGUUAUGUACACCACCGCAUCGCUGACUGCCACAUUGGGUUUCCCUAAAGAGAUGUGGAUUGGCCGAUCUUUUAUUGACUUUAUACAUCCCAGGGACCGGAACACUUUCGCGUCGCACAUAACAAAUGGUUUGGCUGUCCCGAAAAAUGUAAAUGGUACGCUAGAAGAAGCUCCUGCCAUACAAAACGCUGUUUAUACCAUGGUGUGUCGCAUCAGGAGGUACAGGAACUUGUCUACGGGCUUUGGAGUCAAGGAACGAGUGCUUGCCUACAUGCCUUUCUUUCUUAAAUUGUCGUUCAAAAAAAUCGCAGAUGAAGAAGGAAAAGUCAUAUACCUCGUCGUACAAGCCACACCUUUCUUCUCGGCAUUCAAAACGCCCAACGAGUUAAUAAAGGAGCCUGUACCUUUCGUGAUUCGACACGCGGCGAACGGCAACUUGGAAUAUAUUGACCCCGAGUCAGUGCCGUACCUAGGUUACCUACCGCAUGACCUAGCGGACAAGGACGCCCUGCAGUUGUACCACCCUGACGACCUGCCGUAUCUUCGACUGAUCUAUGAGACUAUUGUCAAGGAAGGAGGUCUGCCGCGGUCCAAACCUUAUAGAAUUCUGGCUCAAAACGGAGACUUCAUAAAAGUGGAGACAGAAUGGUCGUCGUUUAUCAACCCGUGGUCAAGGAAGCUUGAGUUCGUCAUUGGGAAGCAUCAUAUUAUUGAGGGCCCAAACAAUCCCGAUGUGUUCCAAACACCUGAUGCUGACAAAGUGCAGAAGAUAUCAGAGGAAGAAAAAAACAGGAUCGCCAAGCUUAGAGAAAGCAUCGUACUAAUUAUGAAUGAGGUGCUGACAAAGCCAGCAGAAGCGGCCAAGCAGCAGAUGACCAAGCGGUGCCAAGACUUGGCGUCAUUUAUGGAGAGCCUCAUGGAGGAGCAGCAGCCUAAAAUGGAAGAAGAGCUCCGUCUGGAGAUACAGGACCCUGAAAAUAGCUACUAUGAAAGAGAUUCGGUGAUGCUGGGCGGGAUAUCUCCGCACCACGAUCAUCACGACAGCAAGUCCAGCACUGAGACCCCGAUCAGCUACAACCAGCUCAACUACAACAAAACUCUUCAACGGUACUUUGACAGCCACCAGCCUUUUACAUAUGAGGACUACAGCGCAAACAGCGGCACAGAUAAUGUACUCACGUUAAAAAACAUUAAUGGCACGGGAAAUUGCCUGUCUCCAAUGGCCCAAAAUUCUAGGGACUCCGGUGAAUUGAGUUCAAACGAGUCAGGAUGCUUAGUCGGGGGUUGCAGCCCGAUGACUGUUCUGGGGGAGUAUCCAAGUAUAAGACUUACUGAAUCUCUGCUUAGCAAGCGUUCUAUCAAAAGGCACAAUACUGAGAUGGAGAAAGAGUUGAUGAAGAUUCAUCGUGAAAGCCGCUCGGGUACCAAGGACGAGCGAGAGAAAGCGUCCAAUAAGACUAGGCAAAAGAAAAAGGAGCAUUUAGCGAGGUGCAACGCCGCGUUCCAACCCACUUCGGUCAUCAAUAUCAUCGCUAAGGAGCCACAGCAGCACGGAGUGAAGCGCGGGUCCAAGCAGCCGGAGGCGGAGGUGCCGGGUGCGCACAAGCAUCACUGUCCGUCGCCCCGCCAACCGCGCAGGCACCAAUCGACCAGCGCGGCGCUGACGCGACCCGCCGCCACAGUCACCACCACCGCCGGUCAGUUCGCGAUGCCAACGGCCACAACAUCUACUACACAACAGUGGCCUGCAUGUCCCGUGAACGGCAUGAAUACCUUCAUCCUUGGAAUGGGGAUUCCUCCGCAAAUGUCCAUCAUGAGCCCUGUAGCAGCCAUGCCUGGCAUGAUCCCGAUGUACUACGCGCCGGCGCCUGCCGCGCAGCCCGAGCCCAUCGCCUCAACGUCGAAUAUGCCGAUGCCCAACAAUACAAUGCCGAGUAACCCCAUGCCGAUGCCAAGCAGCCCACAGUUCCAUCCACCAAUGCCAUGCAUGAUGUAUGGGCAAGCCGUGUACGGACCUCCAUUCAUGUACUCCUCGAUUAACCCGCAAAUACAUCAGUACGCACUGACGCAAAAUCUUCAAGCACAAUCAACGCAGACCAACACCUCCAGCCAUCCUCUAGGAUUGGCUAGCAGCAAUUAUGAGGAGGCGUGUAAACAGACUGCUCCAGUGAAGCCUAGGUCCCGCACUGGUAGUCUCUGGCGGGAGAAGAAGCUCAAGACACAACAUACCUCCAAUGGAAGCGCCGCUGACAGUAGCACUUCUAGCAAUGCUUGCAACAGGCAGAGUACUUGUCUGCAGAGUAAAGAGACCGCCCCGACGGGGUAUGGGGGAAGCAAGCCAAAGGGUAGUGAGGACAGGACCGAUGGGGAGUCCAGUUACUCUUCCUUCUACUCUUCGUUCUUCAAGACAGAGUCUGGCAGUGCCGAAGACAGCGGCGACCUGAGGAAAUCCGCCGAGUCCAAUGACCGGAAUGCUUUGAGCACAGUCAAUAAGCAUUACGAGCCACCCCAGGUGAAAAACUUUGCAAGACGGAAAAUGGAUCCGCCAUGGAUGGAGCAGGUGUGCGUGACCUCAGAGUUGAUCUACAAGUACCAAAUCCUAACCAGGAAUAUGGAAGAAGUUCUCCAGGCGGACAGGUUGAAAAUGAGCACAUUGGAACAGCCAUCGCUAGUAAACGAGCAACUCGGCCAGUUAUACUUGGAUCUGCAACUAGAGGGCGUAGCCUCCCGCCUGUCCCUCGAAGAAGGUAUCACCAGCAGCAGCAGCUCAGGGGAGGAGAACUCCACGGUCAGCUCUAAGUGUCGGAAGAAGCGUGAGUACAGCAAGUUGGUGAUGAUAUACGAAGAGGACGCGCCGCUGCCGCCACCGCCACCGCCAGAAGACAUCCCUAUCAUUACCAUCACUCCGAGCUCGUCCACCGCUGCACCUAAUAGUUAAAAUAAAAAAGACGGCAAACUAUAAUGGCCCCGAUUCCUGCAGACACCUCCUAAUUUUUAAGUUAUACCCGUCAUAUUGGUAUCCGCCGAAAAGGAAAGGAACGGAUGAUUAACAACUGUUAAUUUUAAAAUGAAUGAGUAAUUCGGGCCAAUAAGGUGGCAUCUCGCUGGAAUGCAACCCAUUUGGCGUGUGCUGUCAGGUUAUUUCUGUCGGGUUAUUGACUAGUAUAAAAAUUGGCAGGGAUUUUAAAAUUCCUGCCUAAAAUUUACUUGUGAUCCAUAAAUUUCAUACCUGUUGGUUACCCGUCCCUUUCUUUUUAGGCGGAUAAGAAUAUGAUAGGUAUAACUUAACUUAAAAUUAGAUGGUGUCUACAGGAAUCAGCACCACUAUAUGAGUUAUUAUAAAUUAAUUAAGUAAUAAAUCGACCUGACAUAUCUGUCUAAUUAACUUAUACUGCCUUUACACACCAAACUUGUCGUUAAACGUUAUCAACUUGUAAAAUAUAUUUCGUUUUUCCAAGCACGAGUGUCAGAUUGGUUGCUAUAAUAAACACUAGAGUGACAUCUACAUUAGAAUAUUAUUAUCACUAAUAUCUCACAAUUUGAGUUCUUCGACAUAAGCUAGCAUAACAGCCGCUACUUACAAUAAUUAAUCUUAAUAUUUUACUUUAGGAUUAAAUUACCCAUAGUGAAGGGGAUUAUUAGACUAUACAAUAUCGCUUAUUAAUUAGGUAUUUAAGGUAAGAAUUAGAGAGAAGUAAAAAGACAAUCUGAAAUGCAUCAUUAAUUUAUUUGGUUAUGUAGGCUUCGCUUGAAAGUAAAAACAAGUUUGAAAUUUAAUAAGAUGUUGCAGAGAUUAGCACAACAUUUUGGACAUCGAAUGGGGUAUAGAAUCAUUCUUACAUUAUCUUGUCUACCUAUACAUAUGCACUUAAAAUCGAGCACAAUUUUGGUAACGUGCCAUUAACAUUGAUGCAGAUUAUUUUUUGCAUAUUAUUUUAUUGAUGCAGUAGAUUUUAUCAUAAUGUGAAUUAUUGUAUACUUAACGCGUGAUGUGUAAAGAUGACAGUAAUCCUCAAGACUGCAUUUAUUUGAGGUUAUAGAAUUUAAAUAAUCUCAAAACGAAUUGUACAUUAACAUGCAAUAUAGUGAUCAAUUGUAUCUAUAUUAUAAAAUUAACACAAAUAUUAUUUUAAGAACAAAAAUUUUUGAGGUAAUCUUAGGUAAUAUUAUCAUAAGAUAUAUUUUAUUUUGCUAAGUUACAUAUUUUUGUUAUAAGUAUUAUGGAUCUCUAUUUCUGCAGAUUUAGUGAUUUAUAGAUUCUGACUUAUCUCUAAUCUCUACAUGCGUAGGUAGAGGCAAUGUAACACAAAUGCGAAGACAACUCAAUCUACAAAAUCUUAGAGCAACACGAGGAUAAGAGUUGCUCUUAUAUUAUCUUUGCUUCUCUAUGCAAUCAAAACUAUUUCGUAUCCUAGAGUAUUUCGUAUCUCGUGUCCGGUUUGUGAUAUAGAUAGUUAUGGAUUUUAAAGAGAAAGGAAUCUACACGUGCAGUCACGGCUAUACAGUGCACGAGCAUAUCUUCUUGGCGUGCCUCUCCAUUACUGGAGGUUGGUGAUCAGCUCAUCAGAUCACGGAAUGUGUCUCUCUCUCGCCAUAGGUAACAGCUAUUCGACCUUCACUACGUUCGCCCACUCCUUGAUGUCGACAACCAUGUCUAGGACCCAAGAUAUCACCCUACAAUAUAACUUGAGGCAGGCGAUAUCUAUCAUUUCUGAUACGUGCCCUCUCUCUGUACUCCUCUCUCGUGCAUUUCAUAUAAAAUCAUAUAAGAAGUAUAAAGUUAUUUUGCUAAAUUAUAAAUAUUAAUGUAAUAAUUGGUCCUAUAUUGAUUGUAAUGACUAUUAAUUACCCUUGUGAUCAUAUUUGAAGUCUACAUUUCGAUUAUAUCGAUAAAUGUAUCUAUCGAGAAUUUGGGUACAACCACAAAGAGACGUAUCACAGAUGUAUCGAGAAAUAACGCUAUAGCUAUUCCCCUCCGGUCGCCUGCCCGAGCCUCGUGUUGCUCUAUGACAAAAUCUGUGAUAAGUUGCAGUAGUCAUAGAGUUUAUAAUUGUUGCUUUUUUAUCAUGUUAUUUUGUGUUAUUAUUCCCAUGACAUUAUAUAAUGUACUUACCAAUUACUAUAUCUUGAGUAUUUUUCGUAUUAAUAUAUUUGUGACCGAUUUCCCUGCUUAGCCUGUUUUUAAGCAUUUAAAGCAUGUUCUGUGGGUAUUGUUAUCUGUGAGACUUCUGUCUAAUUUUAUAGAUCUAUUUGAUGACAUUUUUGUCUGUUGCUUAAGUUUUUAACAUACAAAAAAUAGAAUAGAAACUACAACCUUUUCACAUAACACAUUUAUACUGAAAGCUUUACUCAGACCAAAGCCCAAACUACAUUAUUUGAUUCAAUAUAUAAUUGCUACUAAAAGGUGUCAUAUUAAUUUCUCGCGUGAGUGUGGAUUAUGUUUGUAUUUAUAAGUCAUAAUUAUAAUUCAGAUCGGUGUUAAAACAGGGUCACUGAUUAUAUUAGCCGCUAAGUUGAAGGAUGCGCUAUACGUUCAAAUUAAAACGAGUUAGGACCAUUUGAUUUUUACUCCGUUUCAGUUAUAAGAGGUACAGCUACAUGUUUUAUAUAACAAUCAAGAUAAUAAAAUAUGUGUUAUAUUAUAGUGUAUGCCAUGCCGAUUGUAGUUCACAUGUUAUCUACAUUAAUAUGAACACUGAUAAUAUAUAUAUAUAUAAAUAUAUAUGUUGUACAGGUCGUCCCGAAAAUAAUGGAUCGAACGUUAGUGUUAGAUAGCUUAAUUUUAUCUAAAACUAAUUUGAUCAGUUUUUAAUAUAUUCUUACAUUAUUUAUUUUUCACGGUUUUUAUGGUUCCGUAUCUCAAAAAGAAAAAAAACGGCACCGUUAUAGGAUUUGUUGUUCGUCUGUCCGUCUUUCAGUCAACCCUUUUUUCUCGGGAACGCGUAGUGGUAACAAGUUGAAAUUGUAAUAUUUAUGUCUUCAGUCCCCUGAAGCUGUAAAAAUUAAGUUUCUAAUCAUUAACGCAAUCUAAAGAUAAUUUUAGCUUCAUUUUCGUAGGGGAAUCAAAACCUGUGUAGUAUUUCCCAUAGACCAAGAAUCAUGAAAUUUGGCAAAAAGGAAGGACUUACAGCACAAUAAACAUUUGAUCCAUGAUUUACAGACAGCCUGUAUUUUAGUCCAUAUUUUUCGACAAUAAAUAUUAAACCGAAGUUCGAAGAUCGAACGAACAGUGUAUUUUAAAUAUUAUUAUGUAUAUUUUAAAUAUUAAUAUGUAUAAAAUACAAAUAAUGUUAUAAUAAAUCAGAUAAUAUAUGAAACGGUGCCUUAAGAAUAACGAAUAAAUAUUUAAUUAAUUUAAAGAGAAAAUAUUCAUAUAUUUUGCUAAAUAAUUAUUUAUACAUAAAUGACUAUUUGUUGUUAAUUUGUGAUGAAAGUUUAAGUUCAGAUUCAACAGGAAUAGGAGUUAAAUUAAAGUUCAUGUAAUCAAUCAUAUUGAUUAGGUAUAUAUAUGUCCGUACGUAUAUAACAUUCCUGUUAGAUUUAGUCAUGCGCUUUCGUUGUUUAACCUAUUAUCUAUGUAGUUCGAAGCGAAAGGGGAGUUUUGUGAAUUUUAUUAAGAAAAUAAAAGAAACGUAUUUUAA